GUGACAGCACACUCUACCAAGUCUAAAGACAUUGCUCCCUCAGCUGGCUACAUAUGGCAUUCACCUUGCUGCUUGGGGUGGGAUUUGUAGGCAUUGUCUACAUGAUACGUGGCAUUUGGCGCCGGAACACAGGACGCGAUGGCCCGUUCGCUACUCUGCAUGUGGCACAGCACCCGGCCAUUCUUCAGAAGGACAACCAAACCAGUGGACCCGCUCUGUCUCUUGCGCGGCUUGUAAGGGACAAGGUUCCGGCCCUCGGACCAAACUCUAAAUUCAAUGGCGUUUGGUGGUUGCCGGGCGGAGACGCGCAAACAGCAUACUCCUCCUUUGGAGAUUUUUCCAAGGUAGAUCCGGUAGUAUAUGAGAGGCUGUUCUUGGAGCUUCCCGACAAAGGCGUUGUUGCGGUCGACGUCACCCCGCCGCUCUCUAGCCAUCCGAUACAGGAUGCUGAGAACGUACUGCUUGUCACCCACGGGCUUACAGGUGGAUCACACGAAGCUUACGUCCGGGCAGUCCUUGCGAAGGUGACGCCUAGUAGGCAAUCUGGUGGCCUCGGCUUCCGCGCGGUCGUCUUGAACUUUCGUGGGUGCAAUGGGAGCCCUGUCGUCACUCCGCGACUGUAUCAUGCCGGCUCGUCAGACGACCUCAGGCACGUUGUGCUCUGGAUAUCCACUUCAUUCCCAAGCUGCAGGAUGUACGGUCUAGGGUUCUCCCUCGGUGCGAACAUCCUUGCGAAGUACGUCGGAGAAGAGGGCGAACAGUGCCCCUUGCUGGGUCUUGUCACCCUUGCCAAUCCAUGGGACUUCCUCGAAGGAAGUCAUCAUCUCCCGAGCACCUUUCUCGGACGCCACGUCUACCGGUACGUGCUGGGCGGGGCGCUGCGCGCCCUACUUCGCCUCCACCAAGGCGUCUUCCUCAAGGCAUCCAAGCUUCCGGUCUCCCGCAGCGUGCUUGACGACGUGCUGCGGCGUCGAUCCAUAACGCUCAGACAAUACGACGAGCUCAUCACGGCGCCGAUGUACGGAUUCAUGAAUCCGUAUGACUACUAUAGCAAGAUCAGCUCCUGCAAGGUGGCUCCGGACAUCAGGAUACCGUGCCUCUCAAUCAAUAGCAUAGAUGAUCCAAUCACUGGUACUCAGAGCCUACCCAUCAGUCAGGUUUCGCACAGCCCGUACCUUGUCCUCGCUGUCACCAAGACAGGGGGCCACCUGGGUUGGUUUGAGCAUACUCAAGAUGGUCGCAUUGGACGCUGGUAUGUGAAGCCAGUGGAACAGUACCUCGCCGCUCUCCUCGACUAUAGUUUACGGGCAAGGCAGAAGCCAAGCGUUAUCAGACUCGGAACCGAUUUUGUCCACCAGGAAGGGCGGGAUGACGUUGGGUUUAGAGUGUUAUCUCGGGAGCAGUCCGAGCUCAUUGUGAGCGGCACUGAGGAGUCCAAGCUGUUCACUGGAUGGUAG